AUGUGGAGGAAUUCACUGACCACCACCUUGAGAUCGGACCUCCCCCUCCUCCAGACAAGUCGUUGUCUGAGGUGCCAAUUUCGCGGCACCACGGCCCUCACGCAUCUCCGCGCGAAUGCCUCUCUCCGCAACUAUGCAACCAAGAACAGCACCCCGAAACCAAAGGACGCCGAGGCAAACCAGGUAUCCAAAUCAACGAACCGACCGAUAAAGACAUCCGCUCCCGGAACCCCCGCGCGCCCCUCCAACUUCAUACCUCCAACCCUGGACCGCCCAAUCGGCACCGCCGCACCGCCAGAGGCAGGCGAAAAUACGGGCGUCGAUAGCCGCAGCUAUCGCCAGCGUCGAGACGACUUCGUCGACUAUGAUACGCACAUCAAGCGCCGAAAAGAAUUAACUCGACAAGUCGCCAAACCCUACUUCCGCGAAUGGUCCAAUCUCCGCUUCGCAGAAGGUAAAACCUUCAAGUCGAACCCGCGCCUCUUCCGCUCCGACAAAGCCCUCUACUUCCCCAACAUACGCGGAACAACCCUCUCCUCGCCAAAGGACCCGCAAGACACCACCCCCGUUCUCGAAGGCAAAAUCACCAUCGUGAACCUAUUCUCCAGCGUCUGGGCCGAGGGCCAAGUCGCGACUUUCACCGGCGCACCGCUGAAUCCCAAGCUCGCUGAAAUUAUUGCGGCCGCUGGUCCGCUCGUGCAGCGGGUGGAUAUUAAUCUGGAAGAGAAUCGUAUGAAGGCUUGGUUGGUGAAAUCAUUUAUGUGGCGCAUGCGACAGAAGUUGCCGGAGGCGCAGCAUUCGAGGUAUUUCCUUGUGCAGAAGGGGUUUACGGAGCUUUUGAAGGAGGCGAUUGGGAUGAUGAAUUCGAAGGUCGGCUAUGUUUAUCUUGUUGAUGAUUCUUGUCGGAUUCGUUGGGCGGGGAGUGGUCCUGCUGAACCGGUUGAGUUGGAGACUCUCAAUAAUGGAUUGCAGAAGUUGAUUGCGGAGAAGAAAGCUGCUCUGCAGGCGGAGAGGUGA